UUGAAAGUAAGUUUUUCAUGCAAUGGAAGGCCCACCUUCUUUAAAACGGCCUAAGUCAACUGACAAUGAAGAAGAAUUGUUUCGUAUGCAAGAAGAAUUUCUGCAGAAUAAGCAGCAACCUUCUGCAAAAGUAAUAAAUUUACGAGGGUCUACAAAUUCCUCAUUUACUGCUUCUAAUUAUGGUCAAGCAAGUUCCGGAAAAAUUAGAUCGAAAUUUGCUGAGAGAAGAUCGAAAGCACAGGACAAAAUUUGUCCUACCCAAAGCAGUGGAGAUGUUAUAAAUCCGGCGAUUAAAGAUAAAGUUGAAAAGAAACUGCUGGAUUCGGUGCAAAAUAUACCAACAGCACCUUCAAGGAUAAUAUUCGGAAAUAUUAUAGAGAAGAAAUAUGAUUCGAGUAACUAUAAAUUUAAUAAGAAGGAAUUGUCGUUUCAUUCUAAUACAGGUUUUCCUGAAGUUUUCGUUUCUACAAACUUGAAAAAUGAUAAUAAACAAAGUUUAUUUUUACAACAAAUUUUAUCUGAAAGCUGUAGUACAAGUAAAGAGGAAGCACCCCAAAAUUCUGGAGCUGAAUGUGCAGAUGAUGGCAGUGUCAUUAUAGAAGGUUCAUGGGCAAAUGAAAUACAUAAAGAGAAUUUAGAACGAUUAAAUCAAAUGAGUCAAGAAGAUAUAUUGAAAGAGAAAAGUCAACUUGAGAAGAUCCUGAAGCCAGAAUUAAUACAAUUUUUAAAGGAUAGAAGAAAUAAAAAGGAUACAGUAAAGAAAAGUCCAAAGAAACUCGAGGCAGUAGACGUUGAAUCUCAGGAUGAAAAUGUGAAAUCUAUAAAGAAACAAGAAUUAUCGAUAGAAGAGAUUCCGAAUAAACAUGAUGCAGAUUCAGUAGAAGAUGAUAAUAUUACACCAAUGGAAGUAGAUAAACUAGAACUACAAGAUGUACCAAAUCCUUCUGUCGAAUUAAUGGAGCAAGCUAAAAAGAAGGGUUGGGUCCAUAUGGAUUUUCUUGAACCUGAAAAAUUAAAAUGGAUGGAAGACAUACCCACAGAAAAAAAAGAUGAACCUGCUCCAGAUGAACCUUACAAUGCUCGUUUUAAUUUUGAUGGUGUAUUGUUAGCGUAUAGGGAUGAGACCGUACCAAUCGAGAAAGGCCUUCAUCAUCACGGAGAAGAACCCGAACGUCCUGGUUAUUCGUUACAAGAAUUGUUACAACUCAGUCGGUCGUCGACGCAACAACAACGUUGUACAGCUCUUACAACAUUGGCAAAUAUAAUAGAAAAAAGUCGUCAAGGCUGGUACGAUAAAGUGCUACAACCUGCGCCCUUGACUGCGUUAAGUCAAAGAAACCUUUUAUUACUGCUGAGAUUUUCCUUGGACGAUACGUCGAUCGCUGUGGUCACUGCAACUUUGCAAGCUUUAAGAGCCUUUUUGUAUAGCGAGGCGGACGAAGUUUGUUUGGACAGACUUUAUGGUUUCCAAAAUUACGAAGAACCCGUUUUAUCAACACCGAAAACUGAUGUCGAUGACAUAAGCAGUUUAGAGGACCAUCAACUAGCGCAAUUAGACGUGAUUGCUGCUUUAUUGAGAACUGAUAUCCUUUUGAGAAUAAGGUAUAUUUUAAGUGAAAUGCGACCACCACCUGUCGGUGUAACUUGUGCCUUAGAAAUAUUAAUUAGAAUUACAAGACAUUCACCUAUUACUGUCUUGAAAAUUGUAAAUACUCCGAAUUUGUUGGAUACAAUAAUCGAACAUUUCAUGCCAUUGUCGACGGAUCCAUUAGCAAUGGUCGAUUUAAUAAAUAACGUUUACGGAGUUCCAGUACUAGCUGCAGUUAGGCUUUGCCGUAUUUUAGUUUGUUACGGAGGAAAAUCUGUUGCUAACACAUUAAACAGUUGUAAAAUUGUGCAACGCAUUAUGUCAUAUAUCAGUUGCGAUGCAGGGAAAGCAAGUUUCAAUCUCAGCAUUGAAAGCUUACGUCUGUGGAGAACAUUACUACUAUAUGAUGAGGCAACAGACAGUUUAACCGGAGCGCAGUUAAUCCUCGUAUCGCAAUUACAACUUCUUUUAAGCAACCACGAUAUUCAGAAUGCAUCCGAACUUGCUUGCGAAUACGCAGCGGCUUUAAUUGCUGUCGCAAGUUGCUUAGCACCUUUGAAAGAAAAUAUAUCAGUCUUAUUAUCCAAGUGGAGUACACAACUGAUGUCCUUAGAUGAUGUUACGUGGGGCAAGUCGAAACUUAUCGCGGAAACGUUACUAGCGGUUAGCAAUAGCAGUACGAUUAAAACGUUGAAUAUAUCUCGAACAAUGGUGUUUUCCAAACUUCGUUCCAUUUCGAAUUUGCUAAGCGAUUGUGGCUUAGCUACUGAACGGGAACCUUCUUCACUGCCUCACCUGGGUGCGUUGAUGCAAGAAGGUCAGUUGCAGCCCAUAGUGUCUCAAAAUUCUUGCAUGCCCUUUCUUUCAACGGUUUUGAACGUAUUUAUCAAUCAUGGUUUCGUCGAAGAGAUACAGGCAGUGCUGAAUCUUCCACAACUUAAUAAGUAUUUAAGUAAAUUAGAAUCGAUAGAGUGGAGUUUAGAAAGAUCGUGGUACACUAGAUCCGAGUUGUCUUUUUUGGUUGCUCUAGUGAACGCGACUUCGAUUGUUAAGGACAAUUUAGAUAAUAGAACGCUUCAUAUUAUAUGGAAAAUCGCUGUAAAACUCGUGUCGUCUUUACCCGCCGACUGUCCGUCCAAUGUUAAAAAAAUGCUCAGAGCUGCAUUGGAGAACAGAAAGUUAAGUAUGGAAAUAGUAACAAACGAAUUAGAAAACCUGAAUUUGGAUUCGGAAAUCGAUGAUAUUAAGCUGAAUCUAAAUCGAAACGUAGCUGACUUGUACGAACGAUACGUACCAUUGAACGGUGAAUGGAAUCAAGCAUCGAUGCCCAAAGAUUGGCUUUAUUUACCUGUCGUUCAUAUUUAUACAAAAUGUAGAAACAGUGAUGCAUGUAACGACGACGACAAGUCUGUUAUACUAGCUGUGUUGAGCCUGGAAUUAAUAUUACCAGAUUUGGUCGAGAAGUUGUCUCAGAGCUUGAGAUUCAGUAGAUUGGUGCUCGUAUACCUGUGUGAUACUUUAUAUUUAAGUAAAGACAUCUCUGCGUUGCUCACCAGAGCUGUUACUACUUUGUUAAAAGAUAAUUACAAGAAGCUCGAUUUCACUGUAGACUUGCCGGGUCUUAACUCGUUCACCGAUUUAUUUACCGCGAUGUGUGAACACUUCUGUUCAACGUCGUACGGUGAUUAUGGGUUCUCAAUGACUCUAUUAGUGCCCAUCGCGCAAAGACACGAUGUUCAUUACCGAAAACUGUUAUGGUCAGAACACGCGGGCUUACUUCGAUACAUCCGAUUACCCCUGGAACAAUUGGUCGUCCCGUUAAAUGAAUAUUUCUAUCCGUUAGAACGAGAUACAUCCUUAAUUGAGAGUUAUAUAACAGCACUCGUUAGGGGGACCGUGAAACAGAAUUGGUGUCCGAUUCCCCACGCGAUAGCGUUACAUCAUUCUGCUAUGUAUUUGAAACAACAGUCGAACAAAUUGGCACUGCGAAUGAGAAAUCAAUUAAAAAGGAUACCCAACAAAGAUCUAGCUGGUCUCUUGUUAAACUAUGAUCCACCUGAUGCAUAAACUUUGACGCAGCUAUGAAGCAAUUCCUUUUACAUCUCGACGAUACGUUUGCUCUGGGACGAAAAUUUAUCAUUCAAGAUUUGGACGACAG